GGGAAUGGUACAAAUUAAUGAUUCCCGCAAGGAAGAUCCUUUCCAGAUUUCGAGGAUCUAGGGCACGCCUUUUCUCUCGUGGAAAGCAGGGCCUGUCUCGUUUCCGGUUGUGGUGAACUCCAUUAAAAGGCAACCCAUGACGCACUACAUGUUCACUGGGCCAAAGUUCCAGGCGGCCAGUUGUCUGUUUUCCUGUUCAUAUUUCAAGCCCAGACAUCUACCUUUCAGCCUUACUGAUACGCUGCCGUUGGAAUGAGCGCAGCGCAGCCUCAAGCAAUGUAUCCAACGUUAUCCAAACGAGUCCAAGGGGUCCAGACUUGGCAACACAUUUUGCGGCACGGGGCAUCGGCAUUCGCCCAGUUCGCUUUACGAUGCAAGCGAAUGGUGGAGGCUGGGACCCUUGUGAACCUAUGUUGCCAUCGUGGUUUUACACCUCUAGAUUCGUCGUUUUCUCUGGAACGGCUCAUCACAUUGGAUGGCUCGGGUCUGUCCGACGAGCAGCUUGUUAGCCAGAGGCAACAACAAGUCGCCGAACCGUCCAGUGAAAUGGCCUUCGCCAUUUACUUAUUCGAAGCGGCUAAACUGAACUCGGAGAUUCAAUAUAUUGCGCAAAGUAUCAUAAGAGAUACGCCUAGAUAUGCUUAUCCUAGAGUGACUAAUAUCAACGAUUGGUAAAAUGCUAUGCUAUAGUGACUAGAUGAGUGGUUAAAUAAGAUACCUAGUCUUGAUGACCCUGAUGUGUUAUAUCUGCGAACGACUUAUCAGAUUCGAUACCAGUCUACGAAUGCUCCUAUUGAGACCUAGUCCU